ACAGCGCUAAACUCGCUAGGAAAAAAUGGUUCCAUUGUAGUUAUUCGUGUGUAAACAUUUGAGUUGCUAGCAGUCUAAUCUCUUAGCUGGCUAAUUAUUCACACAGUUUGUAGAUACACAAUUGGAACAACAUUUUAUUUCUUGCACGUUUAAGGUUAGAUUUGUAUUUGCACGUCGUAGUUUUUGUUGCACUUUACUACAACGAUAUUCGUUUAGGCUUGCUAGCUUUUUGUUCUGCAGCAGUACGGCUACUAUAGAUAGUUAACGUCAAUCCGAUUCUCGUCAUCUCUUCUGAUUACGUGAUUGUUGUCCGUCAAUAGAUCAGAAAAUCCUGAAAAUAAUAUAUCAUAGUGUCCACUUUCUUUGAUAUUAGUUCGGUUUGGUCAACCUUUGAAAACCUGAAGUUACGUUAGCCAUUCUUGCCUGCUUCACAGUCAGCGGUCGCCGGUUUUGAGCCCAUUAUGGACCUUCACAAGAUAAUCCACGAUACCCUGCAGGACUUCAUUCAGACAUGCAUUCCCGAAGCAGACCUGAGUUCCCUGGAUGAUGUGUUGCUUCCCUACAUCACUGGAGUCCUGGAGGAUCUGGGAUCUCAGGAGAGCGUGGAGGAGAACUUUGACGUGGAGGUCUUUGUAGAAAUGCUGGAGGCCUACAUUCCUGGCUUUGCUGAAAUUGACAGUGUUAAUGUUUGUGAUAUGAUGUUCAGCCUGGCUUCAAAACUAGCCACAGCCCGGAGUUCAGAAAAUAGUGUGCCAAAGGCUAGAAUGGAGGUCCCACUGACAGUCAGCGCUACCUCCACUGGGUCUCCUGUGAGAGAGAUGCACUGCCUUACUACACAGACUGAGGGGGCCACCGCCAAGGUGCCAUUCUCUGAGUGGGAGGCCCAGGAGCCGCUCCUUCUGGAGAUGUUCCCCAAGUGCAGACUAUCAGAGGCCAGGAGUGCCUUGUCCAUUGCUAAAGGUGACAUGGAGGAGGCUGUCCGCCUCAUCAUCGAAGGAGACAUCCAGCUCAGCCACACACCUCUAAACGUAAACCAUGGGAAGAUGGCUUCCCCUCAGGCAGAGCAGAAGAUGAAAGAGAGCAUCCUGGAGAAGUACAUGCUAGUGGACAGGGAGGAGGAUAAGAAAACACACAGGCCUGUUGCACCUAAAGAUGCCCCUAAAAAACUGGUGCGUUACCACAGCAACCAGGUGGUGACCACAAAAGGGGAGCGGUACCAACUGGUGAAGAAAGAGGAGACGGAGGAGGUGAAGAAGACUUACGUCAGCAUCAAACCCGCACGCAAAUACAGAUUCCAUUGAUGACUGACUGGCACUCUUCUGGAACACCAGGCGUUGACGUUGUUGUUUACAUCCUUUCUGAAUGCCUGUUUUUUUUGUUUGCCUGGUUUUGGAAAAUGUUUGUUUUUGGUAUGUAUAAGUGUCUGAUUUGAAAAACGUGUGGCCAUCGUCUUGCUUCGAAUAUAAUCUCUCCUUUGCAGUGAUUCUCUGGCAUCAUUGUUUUGUUCUCUAGGUGGGUCAUGAUGUGCUCUUGUGGUGGGCUGGCCAUGUGUAUAAGACUUGAAGAACCGCUUCAUUUGAUUCUCAUGUCCAAACUGUGUACUGUUUUUUUCCAUUUCAGCAGGUGUGACAUGGUACAGAUUUUUUGGGGUCAGAUAUGAUUUUUAUUAGUAUUUUUCCUGGCAGGGGGACUUAGCGAUUUGGGGUCUGUUUCAAAACACUGUUUUCAGUACUCUAUCGCAAUACCUUAUUCCCCAUAUAAGGGUAAGUUUAGUCCAUUGAGCCUGUGCACCCAUUUUUUAAAAUAAAA